CGUGGAACCAGAUAAAUAUAAAUACAUCUAUAUAGCUAGAUGUCCUAAGGCUGCAAUUCAAUAGCGUUUGUUCAUGUGCGUGUAAUUCGAGUGCCUUGCCUUGCCGAUUUCUAUAUACGAGAGCAAGAGCCGAAUGUUUACAUUUCAAGCCGGCACUCUGAACGUCCAGCCAUCAUUGUAUACACUCAACACCGACCGGCAGUUUUGUUUCGAAAAAUCACCAAGCUACACGCAUAUGUAUACAUAGGCACACGUCAUAUCGUAUGUGAUCGAAAUACAUUUUAUUAGAAAACAAAACGUUUCUGCGUGUAUUGUACGAGGCCAAAUAGUUAGCCCUGUAGAUAGUCUUCUACAAGCGAGUCGAUCACAUUGCUUUUCGUCAAUGUGAAACUUCACGAUUGUAAUGGGUUAAUGAAAACUGCAGUUUUUUUCUUGUAUUUUCCGAUGGCCAGGCUCACGCUGUUAACUGUAGAACUGAAGGGAUUUUCAACAAUAUAAUCAGAUUAAUAUUGUUUGUUUGCUGCAACAAAAAAUCGUAGAAUUCUGCACAGCAUUGUCUGCUGUUAUUAAUUUCAACAAGUGGUUGUGAAACCUACCAUUAUAAACUAUACAGUUCAAAGUAUUUUCAAAGCUAUUUUCUUUUCAAUUUAUCAACCUUUGCUCGUAAAGUCAACUUGGUUUUAAAUAAUAAAAUGUAAUGGCUGUUGAUUACCACAAAUUUUUUUCAAAUACUUGAAGAUUAGCAAGCAAUAUUUCAGUUGUUUGUAAACAUUUUCACAGAUAUGGAUUUUGAAAAAGUAGGAUGCUACAAGCUUUAUAGAUGCAAAAGUUUAUUGGCUUGUGAUAGUGGAGGAACAGUUUAUGAUACAUCUCAAAGGUUUGAAAAUUCUGUUGGUCAAACACUUUAUAAAAAUGUAGCUGAAAGUCAAAGUGAGUCUGGUGAGUCGGAAAAUAUUAUUUACAUCAUUGAUAAAGAUUACAAGUUCAAGUCAAGUCCUCUAAACCAACAGGCCGAUACAAAUUAUUGUCUUGUUGAUGAUAAUAACUGUGAGCCAUGUUUAAAUGUAACUCAUGUAAAAGAAGAAAAUUCAAGUCUAGAUGAUAAUUGUAAAUAUUAUAUAGUUCAAUGUGAUGAUGUAGAUAGUACACAAAAUUCUACAUUAGAUUCUGAUAGUUUUGAUGGAGAAAACUUUGAAUAUUACUGUGAUUCCAUCAACCUGAGUAGUCCAACUGAAGAUCCCAAUUCAAGCAAUAAUAAUUUAGUAUCUGAAAAUAUUUUUAUUGGUAAUCAAGAAGAAGCCCGGUUUCACAAUUUGUGCAAUUUUUCUCAAGAGUCAAAAAAAAUUUUUAAUUUUCAAGAAUUGGAUGGGGUUAGUAAUCAUUCACCUAUCAAUCCAGAAAUUCAGCCAAUUAUGAACCACACUCGUAAAAGAAAACAAAGCUAUCAAAUUAAAAGCAAUUCUUUUACAGAACUAUUGGAAGAUGAUGAUUCAUCAGAUGCAUCUGUAGUUAGUGAAACUAGUAAGAAGAACAAGACAGCUUGUAGCAAAAUUAAGCAGAGCAAUAAUUUACAGUCCCCAAAGUACAAUCCCUUUGAAAAGUUAAAGAUGAGCAGUAUAUUAAAGAGAAAACACUAUGCUAAAAAGCAAAUUCAACUAAAAGAAUGUACAAGAGAAUCAUUAGCACCAGCAAAUGAUGAAAAUUCUGAGUUGAGCAAUGUCUCAUCUAGCGAUGAAGUUUUCAGUUCUAGUGAAUGGUCUUUUCAAAGUAAAUAUUCACCUUAUUUUUCUUCUAAUGAUACGUUUUAUAAAAUUGUUGACACUUUUGCAAGAUUGAAUUCAGAUCUCACAAAUGCAGAUUAUUUAGAAUAUGUGCAACCAAGAGAAAAAAUCGUGGAGUCAGAUAUGGAUAAACUUCUGAGCCCAACAAUAGAAAUGUCUAUGAUCCAUUGUGAAAUAAAUCAACAAAAAUCACAAGUAGAUUGUAAUGGAAAUGAUGUUAUAAAUCAUAACUUAAAGAUAUCAGCAAGUGAAACUGUGGAAAAACAAUUGAUUUCAAAGGCUGUUUAUGCUAUAAAACUAGGAUUUCAAAAUAUAUUCAAUACCUCAAAUGAAUGUGUCAUUGACGAGAUAUUAUAUGAUCAUCCUUUCACUUAUAAAGAUAUUCAGCUAGAAAUAGAUUUAGUCAAUAUUAGAAAAAGUUCAGAAACAAAAAUACCUAUUGUGUUACUGGAAAAUAAUAGUUCAACUCAUGAUCAUCACCAUCAUAAUUAUCAAUUGAAUGACCCAUUCAAAAAUGUUUCUUGCUCAUUAAAAGACACUUUGAAUGAAUUUGAUAAUUUUGGAGGAUUUUCAGAGGAUCAUACAAACAAAGAAGAUAUAGUAAAUCGGAAACAAGUUUUUAUGGCAACAAAAAAUCAAGAUAUAAAUCCCUAUAAUAAUUCAAAUCAUUUAAAAUCUAACAAUAGUUUCAGCUCUUUAGUCAAGACAAGUCUUGUUAGCUCUGACAUAAAUGCCAACUAUGAUUUUACAAAAUUCCAAAUAUCUAAUACAAGUAUUCAUGAAAAACAGUCGAUUGCUCCUCUAAAAAUGAGAAUCAAGCGCCUUAGUAACAAUAAUCAGUAUGUUAUUGAUGAUCCUGGUAUUUAUAAUGUUCAAGUUGAUAAUAAAGCAACAUGGAAAUUCCAAAAAAAUUCAGACAGCAAGUACGAAUGUUCUUAUUGUUUAGAAAAAUUUAGGACUAAAAGAUUGUUAAAAAGUCAUAUUUCAGAAAAUCACAAAGGUCCAUAUGACAUGGAAUGUGAAAUUUGUCACAUGAAGUCUAAAAAAAGUUCUGCCUAUAAAAAACAUAAACCAUGGUGUGAAAAGAGUACAGCAUUGAAAUGUGAAAUUUGUCAAAAAAUUUAUUGUUAUAAAGCUGUGCUGUUGAGACAUAUAAACACUCACAAAGAUCGAUUUUAAAAGAAAGAUAUGAUGCAUAAUAAUCAAACAUUAGAGCAACAAAAUCUAAUUUUGUAUUUCAUGGAGAAGUGCGAUAUCUGAUCAUCUCUGAUGUUGAAUAAUACACUUGUGUAAUUAAAAAAGAAUCAAAAUACUUACUCAAAAGUAUAAUUUUUUGCUUCAUAAUAAGUUGUAAGAACACAGAGAAAAACAUUCAUAAAUGAAUGUUCAUAUCUUAAACAUAUUUAUAUAAAAAAAAUUUUUUUUAUUGCAUUAUCAUAUUAUACAAUUUUCAAAUUUUAUAUAAAAAAACAUGGAAUCUUAACAGCAUUUCCAACAAUGUGUAUUCAUUUAUUUAUUCAUACUCAAUACAACUAGUCUUAUAAAAGUACAUUUCUUGAAGAUGCAGUGUAUUUUUUAGUCAGGUUAAGUAUUCUUAUAGAAUAUUAUUUUGUUGCAAAGCAUGUAACAUUCCACUGCUUUCUUUUAAUGUAACAAUUGAAAUUAAAAUAUUAAAUUAGCAAUAAAUGACUAUUAAGAAAGCAAGAAACCUACCCAACAGUGAUUGCAUCGCCAACUUAAGAACUGGAAAUAAUAAUAUUGAAAUUAUUUUUAUGCAUCACUCUUCGUUUUUAAAUAUUAUUUACUAGGUAGUGUUACAGUGCGUAGAGCUUAAUUAUAAGAAUACAUGAAUUCCAUAUAGUUUUACGAUAACUACUGAUAAUCGUACGUCAAUCGAUGCGAUUGUCGCAUUAGAUUAUGGAGUUAUAUUUGUAUGAGCAGUGAUCAAUUGCUUGCGUAAUAUGACAACAUAAAAACAAGUUGUGCAAUCUCAAAACGCCAUAUGUAAAAUAUAUCUUUAAAGAAAUAACGAAAAAUAAAGAUCGAGAUAUUUGAUCAAAUAAAAAAUAACACAACACGGUUGUUACAGUUGAUAUUCGCUGUUUAAAUAUGUAUAAACAAGCGUCUGCGUGAAUUGUUUGUGUAAAUUUAAAAAAGAAAAAACCACUAUGGCUUAAUGGAUAGAACAUCUGUUUCCAGCGCACAAUCCUAAGGUUCGGUUCCAGGCGAAUACUAAAAAGGCUUUAUUGCAAAUUUCAUAUGAAAUAAGUAGCACUUUGAAAAUUUGAAAAAUGUUAAUUAGAAGCCGAAAUAAAUCGCAAUAAUUUAGCUUUUAAUGAAGUUACAGAAACCGUUGACCAAUCAAUUAGUUGGUAUUUUACGAGGAACCGCUGUUUUUUUUUACAAUUGCAAAAAUAUUUGUUAAAACCGAAAAUAUUACAAUUUAACAAAAAAAAAAAAAAACGCAGUGCCGCAGAAGAUUUGAUUGUUCAAAUCGCUGUCACCUUUUUUAUAAUCAAGUUACAGGUGUGGUCAAGUAACCAAAUGAUUUGCAAUUUUAUAAGAAAUCCAUAAUUCCUUCGCUGAUGUCUAGAGCGGUGCUCAGCUUUCCUAUGGCUUUACUUAAUUCAUCAUAUUGCCGGGCCUGAAUAAUAUUUUUGUAAUUUAACAAUAUGUACAGAUUCUUGAUAACACUCCGAAUUGUUCUGUUUUAAAGGCUCGGGUAUUUUCGACGAGAAAAAUAUUCGUGCUACUUUUAGUUGUGAUCGGUAUUUGUAUUAUACGGUUGCUGUUUAUUUGCCAGAGCUAGAUUAAAAAAAUAACUAACUGUAAUCCAUAAAUAUCAAUAUAAUUUGAUUUUUAUAUGCGCAUUAAUGUUGACGGAUGUUAAGCAUAUUGAGGCAUAGAACUAUUUUAUGUAUGCGGUGUAUUUUAUAAUAGUUUGAAUUUAAUUCAAGCAUGAAAUUCAAUAUUAAUGCAAACGAGAGAUAAGCGCGCGAGCGCGCUUGACGACAUUAGUGAUUUUAUAAUCUAAUUCUAGCUCUCUUCAAUAAAAGCUACAGAUAAUUUUUUCUACUAUAUUUCUUAUAAAUCUUUAGUUGUUUAGCGUGUUCUAUAAUUACGUAAUAAUAAUUAGUUCCAAUUCACUUAGAGUCAAAGAGCCGAACUUGUAAAAUAAAAUUGUUGCUUAAACUGUAUGAUUCUUGUUGUUGUUAUGCGUGAUGAAUGAAUUCGACGUGCAUGAUUGUGCCACUGGCUGGGACUAUAGCGUCAACGACUGAACUUGCGUAAACUAGCGACUGCGCCUAUAUGUUCAAAUCGCAAGUUGCUGUCGUCAAAACUCAAAUGUUAACUACUAAAACCGACGUUGCAAGUUGCAAUUAAAAAAAAUGUAAAUUUAAUUAAGAGUGUUAUCAAUUUUUUUUCAAGUGCUCGGUAAUCAUUGAUACAACUAAAAAAGGUAUCGAAAACCGCUCUGUCGUUGCGUCACUUCCAAAUUGAUGAAAAUUAUUAGAGCGACAACCAACAAUGCGAGUCGAGGAUCGCAAGAGCCGUGCAAGAAAGGGGCAAACUAACAACGCUCUAAGCUAAAUGCUCUAAACAAACUUGUUCCUGUAUACAAUUUUAUUAGAGCUGCAUGGAGCACACACUGCAAGCGCAUAGCAGCUGCUACGUAUGUGGGUAUAGUUAUAGGAGAUAUACAUCAACGUCACAGUGUACGAGCAGGUGCGUAAACAAUUGGUUUUCUCAAUUAU